AUGUCAAUACCAGCUGAAGAUAAGGCAACCGAACAAAGAUUUGAGAACGUCGAAGUAGAUAAAUUAACUGAAUAUUUCAAUGAUUUAGAAGAAGUAAAGGACCUCUGUGAUGAUUACAUCGAGUGCUUCAAGAAAGAACACAGAAUUCCGCCAGAGUCAGAUAAAUACGAAUUAUUGAUGGAGCUAGAAGCAGAGUUAAUAGUCAGAUUAAACGAUAUAACUGAACAAAUAAGACAUAACUAUGUAGAGAUAUUUAAUGCUUAUGAAGAAAGAGCUUUAGAAAGAGUAAAAAGACAGAGAUUAGAAUUAUUGAGAGAAGAGUCCAAGAAACCAAAGAUGUCUAAAGAAGUAAAUUAA